CAGAAAGGUAAAGAAAACAGGGGCACCUUCCCUUAACGGGCACCUCCACAAUCUAACUUCUCUCUUUCUACUCAAAUCUGUAAUCUCACUUUCCUCUGUGUCUCUCUUUUUUCCAUUUUCUUUUUCGUUUUUAAUUUUCCUUUCUAGCACACAGGUCGUCCUCAAUGAAUUCAGAUUCUCACAUAUAUCCCAUCAGAACAGCCAUUUUGGCAAUCACAUUACCUAAUUGCCCCCACAAGCCCCUUUUAAAUUAUGGCGAUACAGUUUCGUUAAUUCCAUUCAAAUUCGAUUUGCCCAAGUCACCACCAUUACUCUCUCUCGUGAUCCUUCUUAUACCCGAUCUCCUGUUUCAUUGUUUAUUGAUUUGUACAAUCAUCUGUUGCUUUUUGUUUUUUUGUUCUUUGGGUUCUUGAUUUGUUUGCGUUUGUUUGGGAAAAAUCGAAGCUUUACUCUCCCGUGUGAUUUAAGCGGGGGAUUUUGUUGGUUCUUGUUGAUUUUUGAGCGAACCCAUGUUUGAACUUCUUGAUUUUUGAUUUGUAUUCUCUUCUUGUUAGUUGUUCUUGGGACACGUUUUCUUGUCAAUUACCAUAAUCCCAACUCAUUUUUUCUCCUCUUCUGAAAACCCCUAAUUUUAUUUUUUUUUGUGGGGUUUUGUGUUUUAUUCCAAUCUUGCUUUUUGGCUAGUCAAUCUUGGAAUUUUUUGAAAUGAAGAGGGUGAAUGGGAUUGUUGUUAGUGAAGAGGGUGAAAACUCGAGGUUAAAGAAAGUUAGAUUCUCUAAUGGGAAUGAUGAGAACUGUGGAGAUUUAGCUAUUAAUGGAGGUGAGGAACAAAGAACUUGUGUCGAUGAUGGGGGGAUGAAUUCUGGGCAAGUGGAGAAAAGUGAAGGCCCUUUUGAAGAUUUAGUUUCUGGUGAUCUUGAAAGUCCAAGUGUUGGUGGUAUGAGCAAGUCCAAUCCAUGGGACUUCGAUUUAAACAUUAGUUUGAUUUUGGGCAAUGAGGAAGAGCAAGAGGGUUUUCUUUUUGAUCUUAACCUUCCCACACCACUGAAUGGUGGGCCUGUGAUUAAUGAAAAGACGGUAGAUGUCAUUGAUAUUGCUUCAGAUGAUAGUGAUAAUGAGGUUGAGGUUACAGGUUAUACUCGUGGUUACAAUAAUGCAAAGGGUAAAGAAAUUGAGGUAGAGGCACCUACUGAUGAUACACAGAAGCUGAAUAAUUCCUUUGGUGAAAGUAGCAGUUUGGGUUGUCUGAGGAAGUUAACAAUGGAAGAAAAUGGUGAAGCUGAUGUUGUUGAGACAUGGUUGUCACUGAAGGCUAAUAGUCCACCCCUCUUGCAUUUGCUUAGAGACAGUGAUGAGUUGAUUGGUGAAGAAGAUGCUGAAAUUGAGAUGUUGCCACUGGCAGAAUUGGCCAUGAGGCCUGAAAUGGCCGAAAGAGAACAGAAUGGUCAGAAUGAACUGGCAGUGAGAUUAGAGAAUUUAGCCCGUGAGACCCGACAGGAAAAUGCUAGGCGGUUUGCACGUGUAAACCUUGCAGGUCAGAGUCAAAAGUUACCCUCUUCUGCAACUCCUGUAAAAGAAUUUGGAAAUGUGGCCGGCCCUUUUUCUGAUUCUCUUACAAUGGUGAGAGAAAGGACAUCAAAAAGGUCGGCUAAGAAGUUGAUUGAGUGGAAACCCUCGAGUGAAAAUCAGGACAAAAGCACUAUUGUCCGGUUUGUACCCUCAUUGCUUGAUUUAUCUCUGAAAGCUCUUGCUGAAAAUGCUGAGGGUAUGAUUUCACUGAAGAUGGUGCCGGAUAACCUUCGUGAGAGACUUACUGACAGGUUGUGUGAUACAAGCAAAAUGGGCAUCGACUUUUUGAAGCUUCUAUUGGAAGGAUGUCCAACUGAGAUACGCGUGAAGAAUUCUUCGUGGUUGACGGAAAAAGAGUUUCACCAGGCAUUUAAGAAUUGUCAGACACAAGAUUUGAGGGUUCUUCAACUCGACCUCUGUGGGCAAUGCAUGCUCGAUUUUGCUUUCGAGGAUAUAAUGUCUAAUUCCUUGAAUAGUUUUUCCAGUUUAGCUGUCGUGUCCCUAAGAGGUGCUUGUCGUCUAUCAGACAGUGGAAUUAAAACUCUCGUAACAUCAGCACCUUUAUUGCGGUCCAUUAAUUUGGGUCACUGUUCUUUAUUGACCUCUGAAGCCAUCAAAUUCAUUGCUGAUUCCUUGGGGUCGAAUUUGAGGGAGUUGUACAUAGAUGAUUGCCAGAAAAUAAAUCCAGCUAUGAUUUUUCCUGCUUUUAGAAAAUUCGAGUAUUUGGAAGUGUUAUCAGUUGCGGGUUUGCAUGGCGUAACUGAUUUAUUUAUCACUAAAGUGAUUUCCGUGUGCAGUAAAAGUAUUAAGGAGCUCGAUUUGGCUGAUUGCCCGAAAUUGAGCGAUUGCUGUCUGAAAAUCAUUGGGAGCAGCUGUGCAGGUUUGUGCUCAUUGAAUAUUUCGAACCUUCCAAACUUGACUGAUAUCGGAUUGGAGUCUCUGGCAAACGGCUGUAGAUCCAUCCAAAUCCUGAAAAUGUGCCGCAAUGAAUUCAGUGAUGAAGUGAUGGCCGCUUUCAUAGAAAGCUCUGGGGAAUCUCUGAAGGAACUUUUACUGAAUAAUAUCUCAAAGGUUGGACCAAACACUGCCUUUUCCCUCUCCAAACGUUCAAGAAAGUUGUUGAGUUUGGAUAUAUCAUUUUGUCGAGGAAUUAGCGAUGAGGCUUUGGGACUGAUUUUAGAUAGUUGUUCAUCUUUGAAGCAGCUCAAGGUCUUUGGUUGUAGGCAGAUUACAAAUGUAUCUCUGAACGGACACUCGAAUCCAAAUGUGAGGAUUAUUGGGUCAAAAUUGAGUCCGAUACUUGAUCAUGUUAACUUGCUUCAAUCUGAUGGUGUGCUUUUACGCUAUUCACCUCUACCGGAUACACAGUGAAAUCCGAGGCCAGAUACUGGUUUUUGAGAGGCUUUUCGGUCGUUAAUAUCUGGUUAUCUGAAUCUUGGUUUUGAUAGUAAAACUAUACUUGUUAUUGAUAUCAUUUUGAAUAUACUUUAUGUAUGGGAAGGCUAAAUUUUAGUCAAUGUUCCCUAGAAGUUAUACAUACAGUGAGAUGAAUUUCAUGAUUUUCCCAUUAUUUUGACAGUAUAAAAUUUUUGCCUGUGUUCAAGUCAAUCAUUGUUG